AUGUCUGACAAGCCUGACUCUCAAGUGUUUUGCCCAGACUGUAAUGAGAGACUUCAAAAAUGUUUGAUACAGCAAAAUUACGCCAUCAUCAUAUGCCCCAGCCUCACCUGUGGCUACCCAUUUAACCAAAGGGAAGUGCUCGAAAACUUAACGUACGUAGAUGAUAACGACGUUUUGAGAGUUGCAAAAAAAAGACUGUCUACGCGGAGUAAACCAUGA